UCGAGUUUAGAUUUUGCUUAACUUAAAACCUUGAUUUCUUUUUGUUUUACUGCGAUUCUAUGUGCUAUCGUUUUAGCCAAUUAGUAUGUAACAGUUCUUUACCGGAAAUAUCUACUAUGAUUUGUGUAACUACUUUAUAACAUGUCUGAAGAAAUGGACAUGAAUGUAAACAACCUCUCCGCUGCCGGAGAGGCUUUUGAGGUAUCCCAAUCAAAUUCCUUGUAUUUAGAAAAUGAGAGUGUCUCCUCUCCUGGCAGAGAGUGCUCGCAGCCUGCUGCCGUUGAUGUGGCCGAAUUAAGCGAUAUGUCCAUAGAAAACGAUCUCGUGUCGUCCACCAACAACGAGGAUCAAUCACAACUAAGUUACUGCAACUUGGAUGUAGGCAGCGAAGUGAACAUCAACGAAGAUGAGCCAGACGAAACGAAUACCACAUUUGAUCUUGGAAACGAGGCCAACUCGGAACCUAAUAAUUCACUUGAAACCGAUUAUGUGCAAGAACAAAGUUAUGCAGUAAGUAACGAUGUGGACAACGACGUAGACAUGGUGGUGGACGAGACAGUGGAGAUAGAAGCGGUGAGCAGCUCAGAAGUAUGUCCUCCUACUAGCGUAUCUCCUUCGAAACAAGGUAGAGGUAGGGGCAGAGGCAGAGGGAGAGGACGGGGAAGAGGGAGAGGGCGAGGCAAGGGCAGAGGUAGGAAAACAAUACCAUUUAAUGAUUCAACCUCCAUUAAUUUCGGCACAGACGUUUCUAGUGAUAUUAGUGCAAAUAUAAGUUCAGAACCUCUCUCUGAGAAUACACUACACUCCCCAAACAACAACAUUGACUCAAUUCAAACUGACACAAAUGGCUUUCUUGCAUCACCAAGUCAGAGUAUGGACACUCCCACUGAACAAGUCCCUGUAACUAGAAAAAGGGGCAGGAAAAAGAAAGAGCCACCUGUAAGUGACACUGGAAGCUUGGAAAGUCCAGAAGUUCUAAGUCCAAAAGUUCCUCGUAGAAGAGCUCCACCAGUUAAAGAUACUGGAAGCUCGCAAAGUCCAGUAGUUGAAAGUCCAAGAGUUUCCCGUAGAAGAGGUCGGCCAAGGAAAAAUUCAAGUCUGAAUGAUAUAACUGAAAACCAAACAACAGUCAAUGGGGAUUCUUUACCUGUCACUGCCAGCUCUUCUGAAAUGAAAGACCUUAAUAAAAUGGUUGAAAAUUUGUCCCAACUUGAAGACAAGUUGCGUAAAUUACAGGACAACCUUUCUAAUAUUGAGAAAUCAGAGGAGGAUGAAGAUGAUGAUGAGGAAGACAUGUGCUUAAGUCAGCUAAAAACAUCAAUUGACUGUGAAAGAGCAUCUGAAGCCAAGGACCCCAUAUUGCAAGGGUUGCAAGAAAUGCCUUCUUCACCAUUAGCUGAACCUGAGGCAGAUUUGGAUAAUGGAAUUGAUGAAAGUGCAAGCGCUCCUAGUGAGCCAAUAACCCAGUCUGAGGUCAUCAAAGACAAUGAUGCCACCACAACAGAAACAGACACCCCAUUGACAGAAAAUGUUACAACAGAUAAUGUCACAACGGAAAAUGUUACAACAGAAAAUAUAACUACAGAAAAUGUUACUACAGAAAAUGUUACUACAGAAAAUGUAACUACAGAAAAUGUAACUACAGAAAAUGUAACAGAAAAUGUAACUACAGAAAAUACCACUGCAGAAAAUAUUAUAGGCGACGAAGUUGAAAAUAAGUGUAUGGAUGAGUCACUUCUUAUUGAAGAUACUUCUAAGAGACCUAAGAGAAGAAACGCGAGGAAAACGUUAAAAUACAGAAAUGAUGAUGAUUCUGAUGAAGAUCCAUUUGCUAAUGUUGAGCUGUCGGAUGAUGAUGAACCAAGGAAAAAAAAGAAAAGUGGCAGGUAUAACUCUGAUGAUGAAUACAUACCAGGAAGAAAAGGAAGAACUAGCUCCAUAGACUCCUCAGAUAGUGCAGUUGGUGAUGCACUAGAUGAGUUAGAAGAGCUAAAAAUGACAACAAAGAAAAGAGGGCGAAAGAAACAAGAGAUUCAAUUAGGAGAGAAAAUGCCCCUUAUUUCAAAAGUAAUUAGCCAGAGUCCUAUGAAUUCAUCAAGUUUAAAUACAGUUGAAGAUAAAAAAGAGCCUUGGAGGUUUUCUCCUAAUACAGUUCAGGAUUUGUGUGAUGAUACUGAAGAGCAACCAUCUGUAAAUAAUGAAAUCAAACCUACACCGCGUCCACAGUCUUCAAAUACUUGGGGUUCAAGUAAGGAGUUUGAAAACUUCCUGGCAAAGAAAACACAGGGCACUAAUUUAAAAAUUAAAAAAGUGCCUAAAAUAUCAAGCUCAUCACCAAGCGUAGUGGCACCUAUAGAAAUCCCAGUCUUAGAAGCAAAUGAGGUUAAGAAGAAAGUAGAAGCAUCUGCUCAAACCAACAAAGUUCAUACUGAAACUACAAGUACUCAGACUAGUGGGCCCUGCACACUUUCAAUGAAGUCCAAUGUUCCUUUAAAUAGUGAACAGUCAGAAAAUGCAUGCAAAUUCCUUACUAGCAUUGUGAAAACUACUUCAGAAUUAGGAACCUUAAUGACUGAAAAGUCUGAUGACUUUAUUCAAAAGAAAAUAAACACAACUAAUGUGGUAGACAGUUUUAAGAUAGAUUAUUGUGUCAAGAAAUCAUUUUUACUACUGAAACUUGCCAAACAUAAUAUUAUGCAAAUGGAAGAGGACUUAUCCAAUCAAUAUGAAAAAUUUCUUCAAGAAAAUGACCUAUCAUCAUACAGGGAACAAGAGAAGAAAAUAGAGCCUACACCCAAAAAGGAAAAAGAAGACAGUGAUAGUGACUGUGAAAUAGUUGGGGAAACACCACCUCAAAAGGUUGAAGUGAAAAAAGAAAGCAAACCCAAAUUCAACCCAAAAACAGUAUUUUUAAAUAAAGAACUUUCUAUCAAAAUUGCUAAAAAGCCAAGUGAAGAAGUCAAGAGCAAUAAAAAUAUUAACAUCAAAGGCAGACACACUGUCUGGAUCAGUGAUUCGGUGAUGGUAAAGAAAGUAAAGGGCUCGCAGUCUUUUUUAGCCCAGGACAGCCGAAAUAAAAAACCACCCGAUAAUAAAAUUACAGAAAAAAUGGUAAGUGAUUUUUUUGAGGAUUAUUAUCGCCAGAAAGCAUUAUUUGCCUGUGCUCCAUUUUUAUCCACUGAAUGGUCUACCUGGCGAUAUAACAGAUACAUCUGUCAAUACUUUACUGUUGAACCUGAUAAUCUUACAAAUGGUAAUAUUUCUAGAACUGAGGAGAUUUUCACGGACAAUGAAAGUAACCCAAGUGUGAGUGAAAGUGGCAAUGAACUUAGUGAGAAAAUAAAAUGUGAAGUUAGCAAAUUGAGCAACCCGAAAACACUUUUAUCAAUUUGCUUGAAGAAUCUGCAUGAACUCUUUUAUCUGACGGAACCUACUGAUACAAACAACACUUUUUCCAUUCCCGAAUGCACAAAUGAUAAUAGUGCAGCUCUGUUUAUUCAGCCAAAAACACUAUUUUCUGCAUGCUGUGAGCACCUGAAAAAAAAUCAGCAGAAUUUUAGGGCACAACAUAAGUUGUUAGUAAAUGAUCCCGUGAUUGUAGCUCAAAAUAAAAUUGAAAAUUCAGACGAAGAUGAAGACAAUCAAGAAGAGUACAUUUGUUUACUAAAUGCUUCAGAAAUCCUAACCCAAAAUAUACCCUCUUUGAAAGCAUUGUGUUAUUCAAUAAUAAUCAGACUUGACUUUGCAAAUAGCAAAAAAAGUGAUAAUAAGACUGUAAUGUCGAAUAGUGAAAUUGAUGAAACUGAAUAUUGUGAAAGUGACUUCUCAUGUGAUCAUUGCAGCCAAGAAGUAAAUGCUCCCGAGAUUGUACCUAAAAAUAAAAUUGAGGGUUCAGACGAAGACGAAGACAAUCAAGAAGAGGACAUUUGUUUACUAAAUGCUUCAGAAAUCCUAAACCAAAAUAUACCCUCUUUGAAAGCAUUAUGUUAUUCAACCAUAAUCAGACUUGACUUUGCAAAUAGCAUAAAAAGUGACAAUAAGACUGUAAUGUCUAAUAGUGAAAUGGAUGAAACUGAAUAUUGUGAAAGUGACUUCUCAUGUAAUGAUUGCCAAGAAGUCAAGUCACUGUUGACUUUAUGUGUACAGGUAAUCCAACAAGGCCAAAAAGUUCUUCAACCUAAUAAGCCAAGUGAUUUUUGUGUUAAUGACACUUUCUCAUUUAGAUCUCCAAAUUCUUUGAAGCAUAUUGCAUUUAAAUGCAUAACAAGUUUACUAAAUGAAUGUCACAUAAGUGACAUUGCCAAGUCCCAAAAUGAAAUUGUAUGUAAUUUAACUCCCCAUAAAGUAAAAAAGUUAGCUGAUAUAUGCUUUGACAUUGUAUCAAAGUUGUAUGGAGCUGAUGAUUUUCAAGUAACUGGAAGUGCUAAAGCCCCAUCUGUAGCACUAACUAUCAAUGCCAUUAAUACACUCUCAGAAGAAGCAUACCUUAAUAUUGAGGAAAAUACAAAUGAUCAAGAUAAUUCAGAUUAUUAUGAAGAUGAUGGUGGCACUUUUUAUGAAGAUGAAGAUAAUGAAGAUCAUAGGGAAAAUGAAAGUUGGAUCUCUAAAGUACAGUUGAAAGAACUUAUGUCUUGUGCUGUAUCUGACAAACAAAAAAAUGUGUCAAAACCCAUCCCUGAAAAUGAUAAUAUUCAAGUGGCAACUGAGAAUUAUCCUCUUAUUGCUAAUAUCAAAACUGAACCGGGUUUAGAGGAGACACCUGCUAAUGCAGAGAACUUUGUUCCGAUUAUUAAAACUGAACCUGAUCAUUAUGUUGAUCAAAUGACCAUCAUACCAGAAAGUGUUGUUACAAAAACCGAAUCUUUUGAUAAUGUUGACCCAUUACCUGUUGGUAGAGAACCAAUUCAAAGACAAAAUAGCACAAGUUUUGAUGAAGAAAAUUUUGAAAAAUUUGUGAGGUCUAAUAAAAUGAUACAUGAUAUUAGCACUUAUGAAAAUGAGAAUGAUGAAACAUUUAGUCAAAGUGCUUUGCGAGUCCGCAGACAGCAUGAACCUGAUUCUGAUAACGAAAAUGACACAAGUAUGAGUUUACUAGUACCACAUACAUUUGAGCCUCUCACUGUUGAAUCAGCUAAAGGAAGCCUUCUGGAAAACAGCGGGAGUGACAGUGAAAAUGUUAGUAAAAAGAACAACAAACGAAAACCUGGUAGACGUAAGACAAAAAAGCCUGAGCCUCCAAAACAAACCAAAGAACCUGCAAAAGAAAAUAAAGAAGUACCUUCAAAAGAAAACAAAGAAGUCCAGUCAAAACAAAAUAAAGAGGUACAGUCAAAAGACAAACCUGUUCCUGUUAAUGAGCUUGUUAUACUUACUAGACGAAUGCGAGAACGAAUUAGACAAGAAGAGAAAAAAGGCGAGUCAUCCGAUUCGGAUUCUGAAAAUGUGGCACAAACCUCAAAGCAGGAAAAAGAAACAAAAAAAGAAACAAGACGUUCACGAUUGGCUGCUAAAAAUAACACGCCUGUGGAUGAAGAGAUACAGUGUAAUAAUGUAGAUUCAACAGAACAAACAACGGAUACUACUGCCAAUAAAUUCAAGGAUGAAACUGGAACAAAUUCCAAAGAAGAUAAUAAGUUCACUGGAUUUACUGCUGUUGAUCAAAAUGAAAUUUCUACAUAUCAUAAAUACGUUAAAUAUGUUUAUGACCAAAUUUUACCAAAAGUAAAUGCAGAGACUGAAUCGAAAACUACAGAAGAAAAAUCAAACAAAGAUGAAAAGACAAAGGAUAGUGAAAAUGAGACAGAUGAGAUAAUAAAUUCACAGGAACCAAUAGAACUUUUAGAAUGCACACCUACAAUGCCAAUGUUUGAGGAGGAGGAGGCUAAACCUAAUCGAAAACCUACCACAAAAUCUCCUGGCAAGAAGAAAGAAGCUAAACUUGCUAAAGAAGAAUCAGUAAGUACAGACAAAGAGGACACUAAACAUGAUAAUAAUGGAAAAAAAGAUCUAUUAGGCAAAGAAACUGAGCAAAGUGAAUUAUUCACUGAACGCAAUGGAUGGAAGUGCUAUCCGAUUCUCAGUAGUGAUACAAAACUUUAUGAACAAAUCCCCAUCAUACCCUUGGAAAAAUUACCAGAAUCUUUUGUUCAGACAUAUUUUGAAUAUCAAGAGAUAGCGGUAAAAAGCAAAGAUGAUGAAGAAAUUGAUAGAUUGACAAACCUUCAGUCUUUGAAUAGGUUAUCUUUAUCUAGUGUAAAGAAACCUAGAGGUCGUAAAGAAAAAGUGGCAGGUGAAGAGCAGGAAAAGUCUUCUCAAGAUGAUAAUGAACGACCGGAAAGUCCUGCAGACACAGAUGCAGGCCAUUACAAUGAAUUAUUACCUUCUGAAGAUGAAGGUGAUAACUACGAGGACGAUUUUACAACACCAGGUCCAGAUGCUACGGAAAACAAUAUGGCGAAAAAUUUGCUCAUGGAUGAUGAUGAUGAGGACGACACACCACUAUCUCACAGAAAAAUCAAGAAAGAAGUUGAUGGUGAUAUCACUUAUAAAAAGAAGAGGCCUGGGCCGAAAUCUAAAACAGUUGAUGUAAAACAGGAACAUCCAGAUUUGUUAAUGCUUACUGCAGACAAGAUGAUGAACAAAGAAUUGACACUUUUACAUGCACCAGUAGUUUUAGAUAACGAAAAUGCGAAAACACCUGCUAAAGGUCCUGUUACAAGGAAUAAACCGAGAAGUGGUACAAAGAGUGGUGGUAAGGGAGAUCGAAUAAAGUCCGAUGAUUCCUCAUCAGAAGAAGAAAAACAAUGGGUUAAUACUAAAGAAAAACUUCUAAAAAGAAUGGGGAAAAAACAAGAGACUGCAAUGGAAGACGAUGCUAAGCGGGCUAAACUCGUGAGUGAGUUCAUAGAGCGACGGAACACAAGCGACAAACCUUUAAUUUUGAAUCAUAAAACUCGUGGUCGAUCCAGACGUUCUAGAAAGAAGAUGUUGGAAAGGCAAAAGCAGAUGAGAGUGCUGUCGUAUGAGCUACUCGGAGAAGCAGGACCGCAUGGUCCAAAAGGAAACUCCGCAGCAUAUUUCAAGGGACGGCGUAAUAUUAGAAAGGUCAUUGAUAAGAAAUCCUUGGCCCGGAGUACUGUGAUAGCUAAUAUGGAGGAAUUUGAGAGAAAGCGAAGACUCAGCAUGAAACAGAAACAACUGGAAGAAAUAUUAGGCUGCGAAGAGGGUGUAAAUGUCAUAGUGACUAAUGACGAGGUCUGCUUGGAGUAUGACUUCAAUGUAGGCCAGCCUGCGGUCACCGUGCAUCCGUUCUUUACCAAAGUUAUGAAAGCGCAUCAGUACGAAGGUGUCAAAUUCAUGUGGGAUGCCUGUUUCGAAAGCGUAGAGCGCGUCCAGUCAGGCCAUCCAGGCGGUGGCUGCAUAUUGGCCCACUGCAUGGGACUCGGGAAGACCUUACAAGUCCUAGCCCUUUUACACACAGUAUUAACGCAUCCGGGCGUGGGCAUGCGACGUAUCCUAGUCUGUUGCCCGCUGUCGACGGUGUUGAACUGGGUUGACGAAAUACACAAGUGGAUCGGACCCGUUACGGAUGAAAUAAAGCCAAAUAAAAUGAAACGGAAGCUACAGGUUUUUGAACUAUCAAAGCUAAAAAAAACCUACGAGCGAGCGUACCAAUUAGAGGACUGGUACAACGGAGGCGGUAUUUUCAUCAUUGGAUACGAACUAUUCCGGAGUCUGACAACCCUGGACGCCGAACUAGAUGACGUCAGACAAACUAUCAUAGACAAGAUACGCACAGCCCUACUCGACCCCGGCCCGGACAUAAUAGUGUGCGAUGAGGGACACUUGUUGAAGAACGAUUGCUCGGUACUAGCGGUGGCUAUGAGCAGGGUUGCCACUCGCAGAAGAAUUGUUCUGACGGGAACGCCGAUGCAGAAUAAUUUGAGAGAGUAUUAUUGCAUGGUGAACUUUGUCAAGCCGAAUCUGCUUGGGACAUACUCGGAGUAUUCUAAUAGAUUUGAAAACCCCAUAAUGAACGGUCAGCACCGAGAUUCCGUAGUUGAAGACAUUAAGCUAAUGAAGGCCCGUACUCACAUCUUGCACAAAGUCUUAGAAGGCUGCCUCCAAAGGCAGGAGGCCUCGGUACUAUACCCUUAUCUGCCAAAGAAACACGAAUACACAGUAUUCAUAUCUCUAACGAAAUGCCAGUGUGACUUGUACAAGCAUUACCUCAAUGUGUACGCGAACAAGAAUAAGCAGAGUAUUUUGAAGGACUUCCAUACUUUGCAGAAGAUAUGGUCGCAUCCUCAGGUGCUGCAUAAUUUCAAUAUGAAAGCAAGGGACGAGAAGAUUAAAGUUAAAGCCGAGAAGUUAGAAGACGACCUGGCGCGCGAAGACCUGACCGCCAGCGAAGACAUCAAGCCAACCAACACCGACGUGUGGUGGUUCCAGUAUCUCGAGGGCGGCGACAUGUUGGACCGACUCGAGAGCUCCAACAAGUUCAUAACCGUCUUCAGGAUCCUGGAGGAAGCCGUUGCGUUGGACGACAAAGUUUUAAUAUUCUCCACGUCGCUGAUCACCAUGGACUCGCUGGAGUACUUCCUGAAGAAGAUCAACAACUGGAGCCUCGGGCAGGAUUACUACCGGCUCGACGGCUCCGUGCCGCCCGAGGUGCGCCAGAAGUGGUGUCGCGAGUUCAACGCCGAGCACAACUACAAGACCAAAUUGUUCCUAAUCUCAACCCGUGCCGGUUCCCUGGGUCUGAACAUGACGGCCGCUAACCGCGUCAUCAUAUUGGACACCUCUUGGAAUCCAGCCCACGACAUACAGAGCAUCUUCCGAGUGUACCGCUUCGGGCAGAAGAAGGACUGCUACAUUUACCGACUGGUUGCGUUGGGCACUAUGGAGCAGAAGAUCUACGAACGAGCCGUGACGAAACAGGCCGUGUCAUGUCGCGUGGUGGACGAGCAACAGAUCGACCGACACUACAACAUGGCCGAGCUAACUGAGUUAUACAGGUUCGACGAGACGGGCACGAGCGUGGCCGGCGGUGUAGCAGUGGGCGUGCACGACGUGGUGCUGCUGCGCGUGGCGCGCGACGCCGCGCUGCACGCCGUGCACGAGCACGACUCGCUGCUGCGCGGCUCCGAGGCCGCGCUGUCCGAGCACGAGCGCGCCGCCGCCUGGGACCAGUUCCAGCAGGAGACGCAGCACAACCAGAUGCCGCAGGGUAAAGUACCCAAAAAAGGAACUAAAAGAAGCUUUCCCCUGGUUCCGGUUCCGGAUAUUAAGCCGACGCUGUACGAGAUCAAACCGGAACCGCAGGCCGAUGCGGACUACACGCCUACUGAGCCUAAAACGAAGCGAGGGAGGAAAAAGAUUAUCAACUGUCGCAUUCCGAUCCAAACCACACCCCAGCCGUCCACCAGCAGUCAGCCGGACUACUUCGUCGACAGGUGGCAGGAAACCGACAUCGUUGCCCAGAUCUCACAGAUUCUAGUCAGUCACGAUUUCAACAAUAGGAGAACGCCGCGGGAUCUGUCCAAACUUAUAUCGACUGUCCAGCAGGUCGUCGCGAGCGGGGAUCUGAGCCAACUACCGCCCGGGGACGACGCCGCCGCGGCCAUCGCGCAAAUACUGCUGCGGAAGAACUCUCCCGUCGCAGCCCCGCCCAUGCCGGCCCUCACCGACAUAUCGACUCGUCCGGCCUUCACCGCCGUACAGACCCCUCCGUCCCUCACCGAUAUACAACAAACGAUACCUAGCAAUCAACCACUCGAACAAGAAGACGCGGAAACCAUCACUGGCGAUCUGACCUCCAAACCGGACGCCAACGUAAAAAGAAAAAGGCGAGCGGCCGUGUCCGCGCAGAAGAAAUUCGACGCCAUAGCGGACGACGUAGUUAUAGAUCUCAACGACGACGACUGGCGCAACGACGACGAUUUCAUCGUCGCUCCGACUCGAAACCCGGAGCCCGAGAAGACAGAAAGAAAAGGAAAAUACAAGCCGGGUCCGAAGAGUAAAAAGCAGCCGGCCGAAACUCCACCGGUGGAAACCCUACCGGUCGAGACGCCUCAGAAGCUGGCGCAGACCAUUAACAAAUCCACAAAUGUGGAAGACAGUAUAUUACUAAGCGACGAUGAAAUCGUGCCUGAAGUUCGACCACCGCCCGUGACAGUCAAACAGGAGUCUUCAGCAAAGAAGGGCGAAGAAGAGAAGUACCCGCUUCACCCGUCGCUGCUCACGAACGAGAACUUCAUAAAGAUAGUGGCGCACACAUACUUGGCCGGGAACCCCAUGCUGGACGAGGACGCGGCCACGCUGGCGGCGCGGUACAGCACCAGCAAGGCGCUGCGCGAGACCGAGGCCACCGGCACGCCCAUCCACGGCGGACCCAUCUACGACAUCGCUGUCCAGGUCCUAGGCAUCGACAUCCUCAAAAAACUCCACACCAACGGUCCCACCGCCGACGCCAAGACCAACAAACAGGACCAGAAAACGCUCUCAGAAACCGAGAAAAUGCUCAGCAAUGCCACGGCCACGCCCGAGGCCAAGCGAGGCCUACUCAAGCCGAAGGUCACUUCGGAGUUGAUGCCUAAGGAGAGGAAGCCGAAGAUAGCUAACCUGGGGCGCGUGAAGUUGACGCCCGUCACGCCGGUCAUCGCGGCGCCGGUCGUCGUACCUGUGGGGCUAAUAAAAAACACCAACAACUCUGGCGCGGUGGUCGAGGAGUGCAUUCUGCCCGACGACGACGACGUGCACGUGAUCGCCGACCCCCCUCCCCCUCCCCCCGCCGCACCGCCCCCGCUGGCUCCCCGCCGCGCGCCCCGCCCCGCCCCCGUGCUGCUCAACAGCGCCGUCGCCGGCGGCCAGCGGCUCAUGCAAGACGAGCGACUCCUCACCAACAUUAAAGUGCCCAUCGCGCCGGCGCCACAGGCACCACAGGCGCCGGCCGGCACGACCAGGAUCAAGGUCCUCGGGAACAGGGCCAAGCCCGGCUUGCCCGUUCGGCCGGCCGGCCGCGCCGACCCGGCGCCGGCACCCGGCGGCACCAUCUGCCUCGACAGCGACGACGAGGACGCCGCGCCCGCCCCCGCCCCCGCCCCCGUGCCCGUCACGCUCACGGCCGCCACCGGCGCCCGCCUCGAGCUGCAGAUGCCGCGGGAGACCCCGCUGCGGCCGGCGCGCGUAGACCCCGUGCUCGACGUGGACUACUACAUCGGCGACGGCAACCCGCACGACGCGCCCCCCGCCCCCGCCCCCGCCACCGCCCCGGCGCCGCCCGCGCCGCGCCACCAAUCGAGGCUCGCCCCGAAGCCCGCGACCGCCACCGUCUGCAAGCCGGGCGACAUCAUCCGCAUCGGCAAGACCGGGAUGGUCGAGGUGCUGAGCAAGGUCGACUCCGCUCCCGUCUCGAUCGGCAGGGGCGCCUGGCCCGCCCCGGGUAAACCCGCUGGCGAAACGGUCGCGCCCGCCGCGGGACCGAAAUCGGCGAAGCCGAAGAUCGGUCUUAAACCGGCGUCGCAGAAGGCCUCUCCCAAACCGACGGAGCCAAAAGUGGCUCCGAAACCGACGGAACGAGUCACGCCUAAACCGGCGGCGAAACCCGCUCCCAAACCGGCUGAGAAAGUCGCCCCGAAACCGGCUCCUAAACCGAUGGAGAAGCCCGUCCGUCUGGACAGCGGCAGCAGCUCCAGCUCCCGCUCCGCCAGCCCCGUCGACGCGGACCCGCUGUCCAUCCUCAGGGACGUGGUGCAGAUCCCGGCCGACCGCUACCAGAGCAUCCUCGGCGGCCAGACCUCCGCCGACUUCUCCCCGAGCACCACCAAAGCGAGCUCUUCCAAACCGACCCCCCAGGCUACACCUUCCAAAGUAAACACGACUAAGAAACCUCCCGAGAAACUACCCAGUUUACUCGAAAGAUUAAGUGCGUUAAAAGAUCUAAAGGCUAAGGAAAUGCCUAAGAAACCAGCCGAGAAACCGAAAAAGGCCAUAACCACUAAGAGCUCGAGCGCAGUGUUCGACUCCGUCGAUUUAACGGACGUGGUUGCCGCGCCUGCGACACAGAGCAAACCUGAUAAAGUCAGUGACAAGAGCUUGGUGACCAUUAAACCGAGCAAGAAGAUUGAAACAGUGGUCGGGACGUCUAAGAACAUCAUAUUGACUACUAAGAACAAGAUUGCCGUAGGACCAGCGCCGUCUAGCUCCAGCAAGAGCUCGGUGCGCGUGACGAACAUGGAGACGCUGGCGCCGGCCACGGUCAAGGGCCGCGUCGACAAGAAGCGGCCCGCCAUCAAACAGGAGCCAGAGGCGCCCAAGAGGAAAAAGACUGAACCCAUGACACUCAAGGAUUUCGACAUAGAUGACAUUGACGACAUCAUCGAGUUGGAAUAAACACAGAAAAUACUUUUCUGGAAAAUACAAAUAAGAAACGCACCUUGACUCUUUGAUACCUACGAGAGCACUAAAUACAUUGGUCGCGAUUUAGUAACGUUUUCACUAGGCAGUAUAACAUUUGUCGAUAAAUGAACCUACGGGUGAAUCGUGAUCUCGUCUCAUGAAGUGCUGCCCUGAUUACUGCUAGCGUGUUAAGAUUGCACCCUGACGAUGUACUUUAGUUUGAAAGCUAUUUUGAUUGUAUGAUUUUACGUAAUCUCUUGAUUAUUUGAUUUAAUUUGGUGCUUUGAUUCGUAACACAUACAUCGGUCUAAAUAAAGGAAUUUUUAAAACUGUCAAAAUUUCCGCUUGCCAUUGUUUCAUAAUACUGAAAUAUUUAAAAGUACGUUUAUCGACAAUUGUCCUAAAAUUUUGGCGGUAUCACAGACCCGUCGGGAAACUAUUGACGAUUUGCUGGGUUCUCCAGGUAAAAGUGUUUCGAAUAUUAUGAUAGUGAUAAGUAUAAGGAUGCUUUUAUAAAAAAUUAAGUACACAGUCAGUGUUUUUUUUUAAGUUGCGGAAUGUUAUUUUAUUUUGAUUAUGUCACUAUUUAGUUGCAUACGUAUUCAUCUUAUUUGACGCCAUUAAUUUAUUACGUAACACGAUUUUUGCCAGUUUUUGACCCCCUCCCUCCCCUAUGUAAGAAAAAAUAAGAACAGCAAUUUAAAGCAAAAAAUUAAUAGACGUUUGGUUUUAGUUUAUUUUUCAAAAUAAUCAUUUUUGGAAUGUUUAUUUGUACCUACAAAGAUACUGGAGCCCGUUUAAGCUAACUGCACCGUGUUUGAUAGCAUAGAGCGUCGAAGUAUUAUUUAAAACGUCAUAAUACUCAUAAUUUCAUAGAAAUAAAAUAAAAACGCAUUUUGUAAUCUUACGUACGAAGUAUUAAAACCCCCUCCCUCCCCUUCUAUAUUGUCUUACGUAAUAAAUGAUUGGCGCCUUUGAAAAAAUAUUGUUUUAGUUAUUACCAUAUAAUAAUAAAGAUAUCUCUAUCAUAUUUUAUCACUAAGUUCUAGAUGUCCUGUAAAUACUUUUUUAAUAAGGCUUGUAUUGAUUGUGAUCUAACUUUUACUGUCUGUGUAGCUAGAAUACUUUGGUCUAUUGUAAAAGCUAAGGCAAGUGUGUAUUGAAUGUACAUUUUAAUUUUUUAUUUUAAUAAUUAUAGAAUACAAUUGUCUUGGACUUUAGAAAUUAUAAAGUGAUUAUAAUGCGCUCAAGCGCGUAAAAAUAUGCUUAGAAGAUUACAGUAGUGAAUGUUAAUUGCUCCUCGUACAUUUGUUGGUUACUUCACAACUAAUGGGAAUAAAUAAUGACUUUUAA